UUUAUCUCAAGAUUAAUCUUGCUCUGCAUCACGUUGAGUGCGGCAGCUCAGUACCAAUUGCUGGUCGGUACAAUCUGCGGCAAGAAAUCCACCCAACAUGAGGUUUCUUCCUAUCUGUGGUGCUGUCUUUCUGGCAGCACACGCAGCUGGGGCAUCAAUCAAGCAUCGCCUCAAUGGCUUCACUCUCACCGAGCAUCCAGAUGCGGUGAAGCGAGAAUUGUCGCAGAAACAUGUCACUUGGGAUGACAAGUCUCUCUUCAUCAAUGGAGAGAGAAUUAUGAUCUUCAGCGGAGAAGUCCACCCAUUCCGGAUUCCGGUUCCAUCGCUGUACAUCGACAUCUUCCAGAAGAUCAAGGCUUUUGGGUUCAACACGGUCUCCUUCUAUGUCGACUGGGCCCUUCUAGAAGGAAAGCCAGGUGAGUACAGAGCGGACGGGGUUUUUGCGCUCGAACCCUUUUUCGAGGCCGCUUCUCAAGCCGGCAUCUACCUCCUCGCCCGUCCCGGACCGUACAUCAAUGCGGAGGUUUCCGGUGGAGGUUUCCCCGGUUGGACGCAAAGGAUCGAUGGUAUUCUUCGGUCUAGUGACAAGCCCUUCCUGGAGGCUACUGACAACUAUAUCUCGCACGUCGCCUCGACCAUUGCCAAGUACCAGAUUACCAACGGUGGUCCUGUGAUUCUCUACCAGCCCGAGAACGAAUACACCGGUGCUACUAAUGGUGUUAAGUUCCCUGAUCCAGACUACAUGCAAUACGUCCUUGACCAGGCUCGCAACGCCGGGAUCGUGGUUCCUUUCAUCAGCAACGAUGCCUCGGCCAGCGGACACAACGCUCCGGGCACCGGCAAGGGUUCGGUGAAUAUUUAUGGUCACGAUAGCUACCCACUUGGGUUCGAUUGUGCAAACCCUGCCACUUGGCCCAAAGGCAACCUGCCUACCAACUUCCGUACCCUUCACCUUGAACAGAGUCCCACGACCCCUUACUCGAUCGUUGAGUUCCAAGCAGGCGCUUUCGACCCAUGGGGUGGUCCUGGGUUUGAGAAAUGCUCUGCUCUCGUCAAUUACGAGUUUGAAAGAGUCUUCUACAAGAACAACUUCAGCUUCGGUAUUGCUAUCCUGAAUCUGUACAUGACCUUCGGAGGAACCAACUGGGGCAACCUCGGUUAUGCCAACGGUUACACGUCCUAUGACUACGGCUCACCCUUGACCGAAUCCCGCAAUCUCACUCGGGAGAAGUACAGUGAGCUCAAACUUCUGGGCAACUUUGCCAAGGUCUCGCCCGGUUACCUCCUCGCCACCCCUGGAAACUUGACGACUUCCGGCUAUGCCGAUACCUCUGACCUCACCGUAACUCCUUUGCUUGGCAGCAACAACACUGGCUCUUUCUUCGUUGUCAGGCAUUCCGAGUACACCAGCCAGGCUUCUACCUCCUACAAACUCAAAGUCCCCUCCAGUGCUGGUAGUCUGACCAUCCCUCAGCUGGGAGGAAGUUUGACCCUCAACGGACGCGACUCCAAAAUUCACGUCGUUGAUUAUGAUGUGUCUGGAAUGAACAUCCUUUACUCAACUGCUGAGGUCUUUACCUGGAAGAAAUUCUCCGAUGGCAAGGUUCUUGUUCUGUACGGGGGAGCCGGCGAGCACCAUGAACUUGCAAUUACCACUAAGUCAAAUGUGACUGUGAUUGAAGGCAAGGCAUCCGCUAUCUUGUCUAAGCAAAACGGAAAGUCGCUUCUGAUUGGAUGGGAUGUGUCCUCUACUCGCCAGAUCAUCGAGGUUGGGGACUUGAAGAUUCAUCUCUUGGACCGAAACACUGCAUACAACUACUGGGUGCCCCAGGUCGGUAAGGAUAGCAGCUCAACAGAGUACAGCACUCAGGCUGCGGUUGCAUCAUCCGUCAUUGUCAAGGCAGGCUACCUUGUGCGGACUGCGCACGUGAAGGGCAACGGUCUUUACAUAACGGCCGACUUCAACGCCACCACCCCCGUCGAGGUCUUUGGAGCGCCGGCUAGCACCAGGAACCUAUAUAUCAAUGGGGAGAAGACCAGCCACACGGUCGCUAAGAACGGUGCCUGGACCACGGAAGUCAAGUACAGUGCCCCCAAGAUCUCGCUCCCUAGCUUGAAGAGCUUGAGCUGGAAGUACUUGGACACGCUCCCCGAGAUCCAGUCCUCGUAUGACGACUCUCAGUGGAAGGCUGCCGAUCUCGCCGAGACCAAGAACACAUUCCGUCCCCUAACCACCCCUACUUCACUGUACUCUUCCGACUAUGGCUUCCACACCGGCUACUUGAUUUACCGUGGUCACUUCGUCGCCAGCGGCAACGAAACGGAAUUUACGGUUAACACCCAAGGUGGAACUGCAUUUGGCAGCUCCAUCUGGCUCAACGAAACCUUCCUCGGCUCCUUCACUGGACUUUUCAAGUACGCGGACUACAACCAAACCGUCACGCUUCCCCAGCUCAAGCCCGGCCAAACAUACGUCUUCACCGUGGUCGUCGACAACAUGGGUCUGGACGAGGACUGGACCGUUGGUUCGGAACUGUCGAAGGCGCCCCGUGGUAUCCUUAACUACAACCUGGCCGGCCGUGACGCCAACGUCAUUUCCUGGAAGCUGACGGGCAACCUCGGCGGCGAAGACUACCAGGACAAGGCCCGCGGUCCUCUCAACGAGGGUGGCCUGUACGCUGAACGCCAGGGCUACCAUCAGCCUCAGCCUCCCACCCAGAAAUGGAAGUCUGCCAGUCCCCUUGACGGUCUUUCCAAGCCCGGCAUUGGAUUCUACAGUGCUGAGUUCAAGCUUGAUCUGCCGACUGGAUGGGACGUGCCCCUAUUCUUCAACUUCGGCAACAGCACCACCCCCGAUGCGUACCGUGCGCAGUUGUAUGUGAACGGGUACCAGUAUGGUAAGUAUGUGAGCAACAUCGGGCCCCAGACGAGCUUCCCGGUGCCCCAGGGUAUCCUCAACUACCAAGGAACGAACUGGGUCGCCCUGAGUGUGUGGGCGCAGAAUGAGGGAGGCGCUAAGGUGGAGAGCCUGGAGCUGAGCUAUGAGACGCCGGUCCUGACGGCAUUAAAGAGUGUGAAGUCGGUGGAUCAACCUAAGUACAAGGCUCGGAAGGGAGCGUACUAGUUGCGAUUGAGACGUGGGGGGGUUUCCUGUUUAGCAGCGU